UUUUUUAGACUACUCUGCAACAACAAUGGCGGUUUAUCCUGUCCUUAACGGCGACAAGAAGCAUUGGUGGUUCACUCACAAGAAGACUGUUGAUAAGUACAUUAAGGACGCAAGGUCUUUAAUGGAGAGUGAGGAGCAAAACGACGUUGCUUCAGCCAUUCAUUUACUAGACGCGGCGUUAUCAAUAUCGCCGCGUUCGGAAACUGCGUUAGAACUUAAAGCCAGAUCUUUGCUCUUUCUUCGUCGCUUCAAAGAUGUAGUUAAUAUGCUUCAAGAUUAUAUUCCAAGCCUCAAGCUCACCGUGAACGAGGAAGAUGGAUCUUAUACAUACGAAGGCAGCUCUUACUCUUCCUCCUCUGCUCAGCUCUCCCGGAAACUUCUCUCCGACUCAUCUCCUCGCCGUGACUCCUCCUUCAAGUGCUUCUCUGUUUCUGACUUGAAAAAUAAAAUUAUGGCUGGGAUUUUAAAAAAUCGCGAUAAAGAUAAACAAUGGAGAUAUGUUGUUUUAGGACAAGCUUGUUGCCACCUAGGAUUAAUGGAGGACGCAUUGAUUCUUCUUCAAACCGGAAAACGCCUCGCAACCGCCGAGUUCCGCCGUUUAAGUGUAAGCUUGUCAGAUGAUAGCGUCUCUCUCCUCCUCUCCGAAUCAUCAUCAUCAUCCUCCUCUUAUGCUUAUCCUCCACGCAAACUCUCCGAAUGCGAAACCGUCACUAACCUUCUCGCACACACAAAAAAUCUCCUCCGUCGUCGCUCCGCCGGAUUCGCCGCCUUUGACGCUGGACUAUUCUCCGACUCCAUCCGUCACUUCUCCAAAAUCCUCGACGGUCGUCGUCGUCCCGCGCCACAAGGAUUCCUCGCCGAUUGCUAUAUGCACCGCGCCGCCGCUUAUAAAUCCGCCGGAAAAAUCGCGGAAGCCAUCGCCGAUUGUAACAAAACCUUAGCUCUUGAGCCGUCGUGCAUCCACGCGUUGGAGACUAGAGCCGCUCUCUUGGAAACGGUUCGGUGUCUACCGGAUUCGCUUCACGACUUAGAGCACUUGAAGAUACUCUACAACACCAUCUUACGUGAUCGGAAACUUCCCGGACCACCGUGGAAACGACACAACGUGAAAUACAGAGAAAUUCCGGGAAAGUUAUGCGAAUUGACGACGAAAUCGAAGAAACUGAAAGCAAAAAUCGCAAAUGGAGAAAUCGGAAACGUUGAUUAUUACGGAUUGGUCGGAGUUAGACGCGGUUGCACGAGAUCGGAGCUUGAUCGAGCAAAUCUCUUGCUCUGUCUCAGGCAUAAACCUGACAAGGCUUUAGCAUUCAUCGAACGUUGCGAUUUCUUCGAUCAGAACGAGAUAAGUUCCGUUAAAGAUCGAGCGAAGAUGUCUUCUUUGUUGCUUUAUCGAUUGAUUCAGAGAGGUUAUUCAGUUUUGGCGGCAACGAUAGCAGAGGAGGAACAGAGGAAGAAGAUGAUGGCGUUGACUCAAACGUCAACGAAAACGGUUGAAGAACAUGAACCGGUUGAAAAUCCCGGUACAAUAAAGAUAACCGGUUUCGUAGAUAUUAAACCGGGAAAUUCAAACGCGUUUCAAGGUGUUUUCUGCCGAGAUCUUGCCGCCGUUGGGAGUUUAUUAUCUAGGACCGGAUUUAACCAACCGAUUCCAAUGAAAUACGAUGCAAUCAGUUGUUAACCGGGAAUUAUAGUUUGUAUAUAAGUAAGAUUUUAAUUCCACUUGAGAAUUUUGUCACUUUAAAUAUUCGUCUCUUUUGAGUUAAUUCUCCUACUUUCUCUUUAUUUCUGUGCAGAAAAUGCUUUACUUGUCGAAUAUAAAAUCAAAGUUGUG